AUGCGGCUAGAAAGAGUUUCGGGCAAUCACCUUUUGCCAGAUUUGGAAAUUGGAGUUGGACCUAACAGGGGUAACGUGAAUAGAGAGACAUGGAAAACACUGUUUGGACACUGUAGCCGACAUUGUUUUCCAAACACGUAUGCAUUGUGCACUACACUCAGAUGCAUUGUUGAUUUUACUGCUCAGAGAGAGGAGGAGAGAACAAAACGGAAAUCUCUCGUUCGUUCCUCCAUUGAUGAAAUGGCAGAAAAAGAAAAGGAAAGAGACGAGAGAGGGAGGGCAUUCGGAAAAGGAGAAGGAAGAGAAGAAAAGGAUAGAAAAAAAGGAAGGAAAGAGGAGGAAGAAGAAGGACGAACUAGUUCUGGUUUGUCUACAGAGGAUUUGGGAGAAGGGAAGGAGGAAGAAGAAGAAGAGAGGAAAAGAAAAGUGAGAGACAAAGAGAAUGAGUGA